AUGGGACACAAUGGUAAAGAUGCAAUUAUGGUCGAAGCAUCUCAAUGCGCUAGUGCUAUGGUUGAGAUAAAGAUCAAGACUUUGGAUUCUCAAACGUACACCUUACGCGUAGAUAAAUGUGUCCCUGUUCCCGCAUUGAAGGAGCAAAUUGCCUCCGUUACCGGCGUUGUUACAGAACAACAACGCUUGAUAUGCCGUGGGAAAGUUUUGAAGGAUGAUCAACUCCUAUCAGCUUAUCAUGUUGAAGAUGGCCACACUCUGCAUUUGGUUGUCAGACAACCCAUUCCACCAUUAUCAGAGAGUUCUACUAGUAAUGCAGCGGCUGAUCCUGCUUUGAGUGCUGGUGACAGCCAGGGCAGUCAACGAUCACGAGUUUUAGUUGGAUCCUUCAACAUUGCUGAACAAGGAGACGGAGCCUAUUCGGAUCUUGGUCAGAUUGUUUCAGCUGUUCUUGGAUCACUUGGGAUCUCUAAUACAGAAGGUGGUAGUGAAGGGAUUGAUGCUAUGGGUCCUCUUCAUGAGAUGUUGUCUCGAAGUUCUGGUCCUGGCAGUGCAAGAGAUUCGUCCGGAGGGAGAUCUGUCACACCAAAUGCUGUAGACCAGACAUCUACUCCUUUGACUUCUUCACAACCAGCAGCGAUUCCAGAUUCGUUGACAACUGUAUCUGAAUACCUGAAUCAUCUGAGACAAGAAUUUGCUGCUAAUGGUAGCAAUGCUAAUAAUUUGCAAGAUUCUGAAAAUUUAAUGGGCAAUGUGCCAGAUUCUGGUUCUACUACUGGAGAGAGUCGGAUCCCAAGACCAUCUCAUUUGGCUGAAGUGCUGCAGUCGACAAGGCAAUUGUUGAUUGGUGGAGUAGCAGAUCGUUUAUCUAAUAUCUCAAGGCAGCUUGAGGAUCAUGUAAAUGUGACCAAUCCGUCAACCCGAAGGUUGUGCCAGUCAAACAUGCUUCAUUCAGGAUCCCUCUUGGAGAAUUUAGGCAUUUUACUCCUGGAGCUUGGCCGUGCCACCAUGAUGCUCCAUUUGGGACAAACACCUGAUGAUGCUGUUGUUAAUGCUGGGCCUGCAGUGUUCAUAUCCCCUACGGGACGAAAUCCCUUGCUGUCUAACUCCUCUCGGAUGGGGACAAGUAUCGGAGGCUUACAAGCAGGAACCGCACAUUCUAACCCUUUUGCUGCACAAUCGCUUGCCUCUGCCCCAAGAAAUAUUGAGAUAAGAAUACGCACAGGAUCUUGGAUGCCCUCCAGUGGGGGCAACCAGAGAGAAGAAAGUACAACACAACAAACUCCUGGGCAGUCAAUCCCUUCUGCACCCAGCAGCAUUAGUAAUCCUGUUACCUCAAUGAGAGGGCCAUCUGAACCCACUCGUAAUCCUGUGGCCUUAGUUAUACCCGUUGUUGCUAGGUAUCAGCAGGUAUCUUCUGGCGACCGUAGCUCUACUGGAUUGGAUGGUGUACAUCAGCCUGGUGCUGACUCCUCUAGGCAGCCACAGAGCGCCAGUACUCCAGGAAGAGAAGGUGAUAGCAGUUCUGCUGCUAGCGGUCGGGGUUUAUCUGAAUUGAGGAACAGAAUCCAUCAGUUUUUGAGGCCCUUAUCUCGUCGAGAACAUGUUCAAGUGGGGAGCUCCGAGCCUCAGGUUUCAGCAAAUCCGCCUGCCACAGCAUCCACAGAAACAAACGAAGCAGUUACAAAUGCACAAGCGGAGCCGGCAACUGGAACAGAUGAAGGGAAUUUCAUAUCAAGUGUUCUCCAGCAGAUCAUGCCCUUUAUAUCUCAAAACGUUCCCUCAAGCUCAGUUGAAGGUGCAAGCAGAGGCAGCAGUAGCAGUAGACAAGCCUCUUCAAGAGAGGUGCAGGAGGAGGAAGGUGCGGAGCGAGGGAGUUCAAGUCGGAGACCGGAACCACCAUCGGCUCCAGGGUCAAAACGUCAGAAGAGAGAGUGA